AUGACGCUGGUUAUCCCAGCUACCGAACCACCAAUGUUGGAAAAACUGCUGAACCUGUUAUUACGAAAGUUGAAAAACGUGUUCAACAAGGACGAACUGUCGAAUAAACUUCGCCAGAAUUUGCCAGUGGUUGAUCAUGUCGACUCGGUAGCGUCUCUGAGCAACGCGUUUCAUUCGUUUCAACAACAACAUCAACAACAACAACAACAGCAGCAGCAGCAGCAGCAAAAAGAGGCGGCGGCACGCGCGGCCGAGGCUGAAAAGGAACGGCAGAAGCGGGAGUUCAAGAAAGAGGCUUACGCCCUGGACCAUUUCCUACACAUCGCCGACAACGAAGAUCUUGUGGGUCUGUUGUUUUUCAUCAUCAACGGUGAGAAAACAGAGGAUUCUGAUGACAAAACGGUGACGCCGGACGACAUUUCUGAGACCCACUCACCGGCGGAUGCAGCAGGCCACAUCAGUCAUAAUCACACAAAGUCGACCCAUGAUCAGGUGAUGCCGCCUUCCAAGUCGGAAACCGGCGAGGUUGAGAGUCGACCAAAUGCCAUUGUUGAUUUGAAUGAAGAAACAAGCGGUCAGGGGACCUCUCAUCAAAAUCAAUUACCCGAGCCAGAGGUUGAUGAAAUCGAGCCUGAGGUCGCUCCCCCGCCUCAAAUUCUGAUCAAGCGGGGGUUGUCACGUAAGGGCACGAUCCGUCUGCUUAAAUUCUGGUCGAAAGAGUCAACCAAUCCCGGUGAUGAAGAGAUUCUUGAGCGACUGAACACUACUCUGACGAGUCACCUGGGGAACUCAGCUCUGCCAAACUCUCAGUCGACGUUCGCAAAGUUCCGUACCCUUUCCACGCGUGAUUUGAGCCGUGGUUUCGGAAAACUUAAACGGAUCGGCUCUCAAGAUUCGCUUGCAGGUGGCCCUCUGCCUUCUCGUAUGGCAAAAUUGAAUACGAGAUCGCACGGGCUGUUACUGGAUUCGCAACAGUCACACCACACUGUUACUCCUACUAGAGACCGGUAUGCACCAAAAGUACCUCUGCCACUUGAGAAGAAAAUUGAUAUUGAUCAAAAGAACACAUUUGCUGAUGACAGCAUUGAAAUGGAGCAACAAACGCCGUCGCGUAAGAGUGCACCCAUGGCUGUCAAGCGGGAAUUGUCGUUUAAACGCAAGGACCAACCUCCGGACUCUGCCCUCGUGGAAAUUAUCCGGACUAACGGUGAUCCUCCGACAACAUCAACUACGGCUCCUGGGGAUAAAGUGAGUCAAGAAUCUGAAGACGCUCUGGAGUACACUCUGGCGCAUGACGUUAUAGAUGUUGAUGAUUACAAUUCCGAUGUACUGCUGAGAAACUUAGUGACGGAUGAUGAAGAUGACCAAGUGAACCCAGUGGCAAAUAAUAAACGAGGGAACUCACCGGAUAAGGCUGUCAACUCUCGUCCUACCAAAAAAGCCAUGCCCAACGGUUCCGCUAACCCUCCACCGAGACCCCCUCGUGAAAUCAACGUCGGGCACGUAUACCAUCAACUACAAGGCCAAGCAAGCCGUCAGCUGACACGAACUAAUCCAAAUCAAUACCCUGACCACCCCCAUCCCCGCCAACAAACGAAUAACAAUCAUCCUCCCACUGUUCAAGGACAAAAGCUUCAUCGGGAUCCUUUAGGAGCACCUGUACGGAUGCUGCCGCAAGCUCAAGCUCAAUUGAUGCAAUUCUACAACCAGCAAUACGCCACCCAACAUUACCAACAGCCUCAAAUGGCUUCGGCAUACACUUAUGGUACGGCUCUGGCGUAUGGCCCGCAGAUGGCUCAUUUAAUGCACCAUCAGCAACAUUACCAACAGGUUCCUCAACCACCCAUGCCGAUGAUGAAUACCCCCUACCAACCCAAGUCAAACUAUACCCAGAUGCCGUUUACUGGUCAGCGGAAGAACAAUCAUAAAUACAACCAGCCCAAAAAAAUGUCGAUGCCUCCUCCUCGACAACAAUCUCACCAGAAUUUAACACUGGAACAAUUGCCUCAAGAGGUAUCGUUCAAACCUGCCGCUUGA